GGUCUAUUAUGCGAUCCAGGAAGAUUUAUUCUGUUUUUGAAACUAUUGAAUUUUGAUCAUAAAUCUAAUGUAAUGCACUUUUGUUUUGUUUAAUCCGUUCAGUUUAUAAUGUAAUCAUCUUAUUUGUUAAGCUAACUUUGUUGCAACUGGAUUCAGUGUUUUUUCUUUAGAUAUUUUAACGAUAAUUCUCGAGAAAAGGAGUUAAGACAUAACAAAAUGAAUAAGGAAUUGCAGUGGUCCUCGGAGAGCUAUCGGUUAGAUAAAGUGAAAGAAAUAUUUGGUCUGCCUUGCGUGGUAAGAUUGGAAGAAGGCUAUAUGCCGCCUGACGAGUCGGAAGAAUUUGCCCAAGGAGACAUUAUCACUCUCGACGUAGAAGUUCCUUCCGACAAAGUGGGCGCUUAUUUUAUAAAAUGGAACGUGCAAGAAGUUGAAACCAAGAGUACCCGUUCUCCAGAUUAUGGAAUCAUAGCAUCGGAUAACCAAGAAAUUUUCUUACCUCACAGUUACGAUGGUAAACUUAAAGUCAUGAAAGCUAUUACUAAAGUCAAUGGUAUAAAAGAGCUCGCCAAAAUAUUUCCAGGAAAAGCUGAACUGGAAGGGGACAUGAAGAUAAAAACGAACAAAGGUGAAUCAGUUAAACUUACUAAAGGCACAACAAUUGAACUUGACAGAGUGAUACCCGGGUCAACGUAUGGCGCACAAAAUGAACCAGAUAAGCUGGUUAUUCAGUUUGAGCAUUCUAAUGAAACUAAAGUAGCUGCAUUACCUUUUAAUAUGAAAGGUAAAUUUCACACGAGAGAAGAUAAGAAAAAAUAUACCAUCAAAGAAGCAAUUGACAGAUAUGGAUUGCCUCUUGACGUUACCUUUAUAAACGAUGAAAUAAAGCAAAAAUUUUACCAAGAAGUCUUGGCCGGGCGAAGAAAGCUUGCAUCAGUAACUGAAACUCUGAGACUGAAACGUAUCGUAAAGCAACGAGUCUUAGUAGGGCACUACAAACCAGUCAUCGAACCUGAUAACGCGGAAAGCGCUGAAGGAAAUGGCCCAUCGGAAAGUGAAAAUCCUGACGCUGAAAAUGUUGAUAAUGAAAACGCUAACGCUGCGGACAGCGGAGAUGUUCGUCGAAGAACUGUUGUUAUGAUACCAGUGGAUAAUCCGGAAAUUGGAGAAAUACCUGUAAAUAUAUGUGAAGGUGACAUUUUGACAAUAUAUGAAUCACUCGUCAACAUCAAAAGUGUUACGGAGGCAAAAGAUAUGGUUAGAGAAACAUUAUGUCUUGACUUUGAUGUGAAGCCUGGGUUGAAACUUCUAACAAAAGAAGAUAAUUCUCGGAAGUAUGAGAAUGUUCAACAUGGACAAAGAAAGUCAGGAGGAAAGCCCCCACCUUUACCAGCUAGACCAGCUAAUCCUAAACCUUUAACCAAUACAUUUGAAGACAAAAACCUUGAUGCCUCAGAGGUCCAAUACAAGACACUACCCUCUCGAAAACAACCGGAUCCCCGAGAUGACAAUGACGACUAUUUAGUUCCUGUAUCCCAAAAGAAUUUAUUAGGUGACUAUGUUGACAUGAAUGAGAUGAAUCGAAACAAAACGCCUGGGGAUCCACCUGUACCUCCGCGAAAACCGAUACAGGUUCCAACACGAGUAGUUGGUUCAGGGCAGAAACCAACGGAAAAGGACAAGAAGCAUUUCUGGUCAAAGAAGGCUUUCAAGUCAAACAAAAAAGAAAACUCAGGACAAAACACAAAGGUUGCAGAGAUAAAGCCAAGACCUCGCAUUUCAGAACCAUUACUUCAAACUAUAGAAGAAGAUGAUAACCUGGAUGGAAAAAAAGAACUAAAGAAGAUGAAAGAACUUGAUAAUUUUUCACGGCAAACAGGGCUUGUUGGUACGUCUACGUAUUCGUCAGACGAUCUUGGAGAAUAUGAAGAAAUAAACGGGGUGAAACCUUUUACCAGCUUGGCAGAGAUGUCUGCCGAUAGCCGUUCCAAAGAGCAAAACCUGAGCGGUUAUGACGAAAUAGAAGAUGUGAUUGCGCUGCACAUACAAGGAACCAGUGGUUCUGAACAAACAUAUACACUGGAUCCGGAACAAACGACGGAGCCAGCACAUUCAGUUAGUGGCCCGAAAAGAUUACCGGAGACGGAAGUAACACAGUCAGAUACCAGUAACUUAGAGGAGAGGCAAAUAUCUAGUGUAACCGAGUCUGGCGGUUCUGUGGCGGAUGUCUCGCCGACAAGAACUAAUGAACAGAGAAAAACAAACAAGUUGUUUAAUGACUUGACCAAUGAGGAGUUAGUAGAAAGAUUACAAUUAUGCAAUUUACCAGAUAUGGCAGACAUUUGUAAGACUGAAAACCUUGACGGAGAAUUCUUUGCAGAUGUCACCCCAGAAUUUCUGAAAGAAACAAUGUGUCUGCAAGGAAUUAAACUGGCAAAGUUCCUGAAAAUGAGAGACGAAAAUUGGGUUCCAAAAUAAAAUGCUUCAUAAAGCAAAUUGUUAUUGAAGAAUAAAUACGAAUAUUUAUCACAAUUUGAAUAUUUAACAAAAAAACUGCAACAGAGGAAAUGAUUUUUCGGUAGUUAUGUUCCGAUUAUAGCAUAUUUUUCCAUUUUUAAAAACAAUUUGACACAUACAUGAAGUGAAACGUUGAUGUUUUCAACAGAUGCGUUUAGAUACUUAUGCAGUGUACGCAUUGAUUUUGUCAAAGAACUUUGGAAAACCUGCAAGGAAAAAGAAUUGGGAAAAAAAUCAUAGCCAUUGGAGUAUCUGAUCAUCAAUCUAAAUAGGUGUACAUUUAGGUCAAUUUUCCGUAAUAAUAACUGAAAUUGAAAAAUCUAUAGUGUACAUUGUUACACAAAACAUGACAUUUGAUUUUCUUGUUGUGUUUCCGGCUCUUUGUAUAUCUUAGUAAUUAUAAAGUAUUUAUCCGGAAAUUGUCUCAAAUGUUCAAGAAUGAAAUGAUUAGUUUCGGUUACUUGGAUGUAGGAUAGGUAUCAAGAUCAGAUUCAAUUCAAAACGCCUACACCAGCAUAAUUAUACCACCUAAAUGAGUCCAUCAUCUUUGCUCCAUAUACAUUUCUGUAAUAUUUGUACGAGAGAAAAUUAAUGAUUUUUAUUUUAUGUUUUUCGGUGGUUUAUCGAAAUAUAACGGUGAAUUAUAUCCUGAUAAACUCACUGGCCACUCAGUGAAAAUUAUCAAAUCUGAUACCCGGAUUAACGUCAAAAAGUUAACCGAGCGUACUGAAAGCCGAAAACAAUAUGACGAUGACGUCGUUAAAAUGACGUCAUCUUUGCGAUGCUUCCUGAUAAAAUUUCCCGCAAAUUUCGACACUUUAUUGAAAUAAACACAACAAAGUAGAGUUUUAGACAUAAAAUAAACAGAAAAAUUGUUGGUAUCGAUGUAAUAUCACGGUAAUUUCACUCGUGAACACCAAAAGUUGUUAUUUUCACUCGUGGCUGCGCCACUCAAUAAAGAAUUAUUUAAAUUUGCAUUUCGUUUUGUUAUACAAAUUAAACAAAACUUAGAUUCUCAGAAUUUCAAAGUACUAUGUAUUCAUUUCAGUCAGCAUAGCUUCCAAUUUUAAGUUCUGUAUUUUUUUUGUUAAAACACACAAACAUGUUUAUUGUAUAUUUACAUAGAAACUGUGUAGUAAAUUAUUUAUAUUUUGUAAUACGAAAUUAAGGCAUAAUAUAUCGUUAACUAGAAACCAACAGAAAAAAAAUAUUUUAGGAGCAAUCUUGUUACAACUAUCAUACCACAUGUAUAAUAAUCGAAAGAGACUCAGUACGGUGUGGGUAAUUGCACAUUUGAGCCAUGCCAUGAGAAAACCAACAUAGUGGGUUUGCGACCAGCAUGGAUCCAGACCAGCCUGCGCAUCCGCGCAGUCUGGUCAGGAUCCAUGCUGUUCGCUAACAGUUUCUCUAAUUGCAAUAGACUUUGAAAGCGAACAACAUGGAUCCUGACCAGACUGCGCGGAUGCGCAGGCUGGUCUGGAUCCAUGCUGGUCGCAAACCCACUAUGUUGGUUUUCUCAUGGCACGGCACAUUUCAUUACUCCUCACCAACCGAUCCAAUCAAACCAUGUCUGCUAUCAAUUAUCAUCUUGCAUAGCUGCUAUAUGAUUUCAAAGGAUCUUUUGGAUUUGUCUGUCAAGGUUUUAGAAGGGCGGCCUCUUUAUUCUUUUAGAAGAACUAAAGUAUGUAACCUUGGUGUAUUAACAUUCAGAGAAAUCGAAUUAUGCAUGAUAAAUGCUUAACCUUUUAACUCGACUACUCGAAGAAUAUGUAGAGUUAUUGUACUUGCCCGUCCGUCUGCAUCCACGUUCCGAUUUUGUCAGGGUCUUUUUGUAUGAAAGCGAGUAUCCAAGUGACUACUUGUAGGAAUAGAUUGAAACUUCGUGUACUUAUUUCUUGUGAUGAUCUGACAUGCCAUGCGCAGAUAACUGUUUUUGCAUUUUUAUAAAGUUAUGCCCCCUUUUGUACAAAGAAAUGUUUGGUCGUGUUUUUGUAUGUAAGGUUGUAACACAUCAACCGCUGGCGGGGACUGACUAAGACUUCGCAUAUUUCUUCAUUGAGAUGAUCUGACAUGCAGCCUGCAGAUUCCAUAACUGUAUGUUAUUGUUUCUCAAAGUUAUUAUCCUUUAUAGACUUAGCAUUUUUGUGUAAUUUGUUAUCUCAUUUAGUAUCAAAAGGUUCAUUUUCUCAAAACGAUACCGCUAACUUACUUGUUUAGUCUAUGUUUUCAUUAUUUCAACGUUUUAGCUGAAAAAUUUCGAAAAGUCGAGUGUUGCUGUCCUCUGCAAGUUCUUGUUACUGAUCGCACUAUCUACUGGCAAAUAAAAAGUUAAACUUGAAUUAUUAUUGUUAUAUUCAGUAAAUAAAUAACAUGAAAAGACAUCGUAUUUUGAAUUUAUUCUCGUUUUUGAAAAUCUUUUACGAACUUAACAAAAUCUUGCUACUCAUGCAUGGCUGGACAAAAUCUAUAAUGGUAUGGGGUUUACAAAUAUCUAGGAAGGGUCGCGCUACUGUAAACAAACAACUUCUUAAGGCUUAAACUCAAUUAGACUCAUAGUUUCACAAAUACUAACGUUAGUAAUCAAUAAAGUUUGGUAUUAAUAGCUUUACACAAAAUGCAACUUCGGCUCUAGUUUUAUAACAAAACAAUACCUAUCGCAAUGAAGAAACCUAUGUCAGAACAUCGAUAUGAAAAAUUGGACACCUUUCCCGUUGACCACAUCCAAAUUCAUAAUAUGUAACAAAAACAAGUAUAUUUCAAAAUACCAGUUAUAGCAAUCGAAAUUCAAAAAUCUAUACACCAAACAAGGCAUUUCAUUUUCUUGUUUGUGUUUCCUGUUUUGUUAGGUCGUAGCAAUUAUGAACUAUAUUUGUUGGGAAAUGACUUUUAAAUUCGUUCGACAAUCAAACUGUGUCUUCCCAGACUGGUAUUUGCACAAAGUACAAUAGCAAAUACCGUAAUCAAGAUAUCAUUCGCGUGUAUAAAAUAAAUUGACUGGUAAAUUAUCUUUAAAUAAUAACAAAAUUAUUAGACAAACAGCCAGCUAUGUACAUUCUGCUAUGUAGUUAAGAAAGGAAUAACUUACAGAUGUUGCAGACUCUUAAAAAACUUCAAUAUUUAGAACACAUUUUUGUUAUCAAUGUUUUUUUUUAAUAUCUUGGCCAUCCUUUUCAUAUUUAUAAAUGUGUAUAUGCCGAUAUUCAGCUACGAUAAGAAAGCCUAACAGAUAUAUCUAGGACAGUUAUUUGUUAACAGUGUAUAUAUUUUUUUCUAUCUUUGCCAUCCUUUUUAUAUUUGUAAAUGGUCAAAGAUAUAUUGUUCAUGCCAGUAUGCAGCUAAGAAAGGAAAACCUAACAGAUGUUGAACUUCAGUAUAUUUUAGAACACAUCUGAUUAUCAAUGUAUAUUUUUUUUUAAAAAUUUUUGCCAUCCUUUUUAUUUUUGUAAAUGGUUAAAGGUAUAUUGUUUAUGCCGAUACGCCAAUAUAUAUAUCUUAAACUAAAUUUAAAACUGAUCAAGAUACCACUGUUUGUGGAGUACCAGUUAUGAGGAUGGUCUGCUGUCUCAAUAAGAAAAUUGAUUUGUUAUGUGUCUAUUUUGUAAUGCGGUCAUAUUUGAAAUGCGUAUCAAUAAAACCUUGUUGUUACAAA